AUGGCUGAAAAACUUAUGCAAGCGGUUCAGUAUGAUUCUUAUGGCGGAGGUGCACCCGGAUUGAAGCAUGUUGAAGUUCCUGUUCCCACGCCAAAGGAUGAUGAAGUUUUACUCAAAUUGGAAGCGACUAGCAUUAAUCCUGUUGAUUGGAAGAUUCAGAAGGGUGCUCUUCGCGCAAUGCUUAUGCCGGGAAAAUUCCCUCAUAUACCUUGCACUGAUGUAUCAGGAGAGGUAGUAGAGGUUGGACAACAAGUAAAGGAUUUUAAAGCUGGUGAUAAAGUUCUUGCUAAACUAUCAACUCAAUAUGGAGGUGGACUAGCUGAGUUUGCAGUGGCCAGCGAGAUCUUAACAGCCGCCAGACCAUCUGAAGUUUCAGCUGCUGAAGCUGCAGGUUUACCUGUAGCUGGUCUCACAGCUCAUGACUCGCUCACAGAAAUUGGAGGGAUUAAGCUUGAUGGGAGCGAGCCCAAGAAUGUUUUGGUAACUGCUGCUUCAGGCGGUGUAGGUCUUUACGCUGUUCAACUUGCCAAACUAGGAAACAACCAUGUGACAGCCACCUGUGGCGCUCGCAACAUUGACUUAGUUAAGGGCUUAGGUGCUGACGAGGUUCUUGACUACAAAACUCCAGAGGGGGUAUCAUUAAAGAGUCCGUCUGGUAAGAAAUACGAUGUAGUGAUAAAUUGCACCACAGGAAUACGAUGGUCAACUUUUGAUCCUAAUUUGGCUAAAAAUGGAGUUGUGGUGGAUUUAACACCUAGUCCAAGAUCAAUGUUUACUUUUGCCCUGAAGAAACUUACUUUUUCGAAGAAGCGGUUGGUGCCGUUUAUUGUAUCUAUCAAGGCCGAUGGCUUGAAACAUCUAGCUCAGUUAGUGAAGGAUGGAAAACUGAAGACAAUUAUUGACUCCAAGUUUCCUUUGAGCAAAGCUGAAGAUGCUUGGGCUAAGAGCAUUGAUGGCCAUGCUACUGGAAAAAUCAUUGUGGAACUAUAG